GUGAGGGAGGGUUAAUGUGGACGUCGCUCCCGGCGACAAGAAAUCGGUGCAGCCAUGUGGCUGAUGUUUUCUAUAUUAACAUUAAUGACCCUAACUGUCCGUCAUGGGCACGCAACCCGCAACAGUGAACAUCUGUACAACAUUUCACAAACCAUCGAAGCUCUUCUCGAUGGCUACGACAUCAGACUGCGUCCAAACUUCGGCGGAGAGCCUUGCUACAUCGGCAUGGACAUCACCAUUGCAUCGUUCGAUUCAAUCUCGGAGGUGAACAUGGACUACACCAUCACUAUGUACCUCAACCAGUACUGGAAAGACGAGCGACUGUCCUUCAGUUCAGACGACGAGGUUCUCACAUUGCCGGGAGACUUCGCCGAAAUGAUAUGGGUGCCCGAUACAUUUUUCGCCAACGACAAAAGCAGUUACCUACACGACGUGACUGAGAAGAACAAGAUGAUUCGGCUGCAUGGCGACGGCUCCAUCACGUACGGCAUGCGCUUCACCACGACACUGGCAUGCAUGAUGGACCUUCACUACUACCCUCUGGACAUACAAAAAUGCACAGUCGAGAUCGAAAGUUAUGGCUACACACUGGCGGACGUUGUAAUGUACUGGAAGGAUAUACCAGUCGUGGGGGUGGAGAAGGCUGAACUACCGCAGUUCACCAUCAUGGGUUACAACUCGACGUACCGCACAGAAGAACUCGCUACGGGGUUCUACCGCCGACUCACCAUCACGUUUGAGCUGUCCAGGAACAUCGGUUAUUUCAUCUUCCAGACGUACUUGCCCAGUAUACUGAUUGUGAUGCUGUCUUGGGUAUCUUUCUGGAUAAACCAUGAAGCUACCUCCGCUAGAGUCGCUCUUGGCAUCACGACCGUACUCACCAUGACGACCAUCAGUACGGGUGUACGGUCCUCGCUACCUCGCAUCUCUUACGUGAAGGCCAUCGACAUUUACCUCGUCAUGUGCUUCGUGUUUGUCUUUGCUGCUCUGCUAGAAUAUGCUGCUGUCAACUACACAUUCUGGGGCCAAAAGGCGAAGAAGAAGCCUAAGAAAGUGAAGCCAUCUCCGUCACCUAAGUCACCUCUUCAUCUUCCCCAAACGAACAAGAUAGACGGCACAACUAAACAUCCUGAAGAGAUCAUAGAGCUACAGGAUAUUCGCAUGAGUCCUAUUCCUUCGAUAAGACAACGGCACAACUCGAAGUUUUUCAGCCGGGAAAGCAGCUUGCAGGACCUCAAGUUUCCACCAUCUUUCCGGAUCAACAGGAACUACAUGUCGUCGCGCAGCCUGGCAAGUGCCAACAAGCUACAAGCUCGCAAGAAACUAAUUGCUAGUAUCCGAAAAGGAACCUCGACAAUCAAAGCUAGCAUUCCUACCAUAACUGAUGUUAAUGUCAUUGAUAAGUACUCGCGUGUCUUCUUUCCCGUUUCUUUCAUGAUAUUUAAUAUGGGAUAUUGGGGCUUUUACUAUGCAUAAGUCUUAUUGUUCGGAAAAAACAUAAUUUAAAGGACGAGUAUGAUAUAAUACAAAUGAAACUUAUGAUGAAAGAUUUGAUAACAUAAUCAGCCGCACCUUCAUUAUAAGUAAGGUCAUUUAAAACAUCCCAUUAUGUAUUCUUCAUUCUGAAUUCAUGUGAACUUUCACCCAACAAAACGUGUUCGAGUUACCUGUAAAUGAUAAAAAGUUGGACUGACGCGGUUAAUUUUUAUCUGUUAUUAACACCACCUGGUAUAUGCAUACAGGUAAUAUUCCAAAGAUUCGGGGAAAGAAUUUGUGUACUUUUACUAUAUAAUAUAAUGCUCGGGAAGACCGAGUGGUCAAGAUCACAAAGAGUGGAGCAGAGAGUUGCAUGUUCGAAACCCUCAACUAGAUGCGAAACCACUGGGCCUGGCGAGCAACAGGCCAGCAAAGCCUAAUUAAAGCUAACACCGCUAUAUUUAAUACUGGUAACAAAUUGAGUGUUAUUUACAGAAUUAGAUUACAAAUCCAAAGCUUAAUCUUUCAGAAUAAUUUUUAGUUUAUAAUUUUGGCCCCAUUAUAAGUGGCAAUAACCAUUAUCGAAAUUCCAUAGUAAUGUCAAAGUGUAAUGUCAUGUUUUUCCCUUUUGUUACUCUUAAGUAUCUUGUAGAUGUUUAAGCGUUCCAACAUAAUAAUUUGUAUUAAGUAUAAAUAUUAUAUUCCAAGUAUCGGGGAUUGUAAUUAAAUGUCGUGCUUAAGCUACUAACAUGCAUUUAAAUAACGAUAUGGAAAAUUAAACCUUCUUUAGGUCCUGAAGACAACAGUAAGUGGCCAGAAAACAAAUAUUGUGUGUUCAUUAAUGACAUUACAUGUUCCAUGUUAACAUGCAAAAGACGUUCUAUUCAAAAGGCCUUUAUUUAAGAAUUUAUUUUACUUUGCUUAGAUGGACUGUAAUUUUUC